GCAGAGCGGACGAUGACCAGGGGGUCGCAGGCGCGGUCGCCCCCGCCCUGCCCACUUCCGGCGCGCGGCACCCUCGGGCCGCCAGGGGGCGCCUGUGCGCGCCCAGCUCGGGGACAAAGGAAGCCGGGCCGGCCGUGUUAUUACCAUAAAAGGCAAACGCUGAUCGGAGGCGGCCCCGCGAAGCGCGGCAGGAAGCCAGGCCCCCGCCCCUCCCCACCGGGCGCCGGCCCCGCCUCCGCCCAG